GCCGCAGCCGGUUCCUGCGGGCCACGCUCCGGGGCUGGAGACUCCCUGGGAAGGAUGUAGCUGAGCUGUGUGGCUGGACAAGAGGCCCCCACCCUCCAUCUGUGAGCUCUGCUGCUCUUAUGGGAGCCAUGAAGCUGAAUAAGAAGAGUGUGGCCCACUACGCACUGAGUUCCCCAGCAGACCACACAGGCUUCCUGCGCACUUGGGGGGGACCAGGCACCCCACCCAUCCCCAGUGGUACUGGCCGAAAAUGCUGGUUUGUUCUCAAGGGCAACUUGCUGUUCUCCUUCGAGAGUCGUGAAAGCCGGGCCCCACUGAGCCUGGUGGUGUUGGAGGGCUGCACGGUAGAGCUGGCUGAGGCUCCCGUGCCUGAGGAGUUUGCCUUUGCCAUCCGCUUUGAUGCCCCAGGAGUGCGCCCACACCUGCUAGCGGCAGAUGGGCAGGCUGCCCAGGAAGCCUGGGUGAAGGUACUGUCCCGGGCCAGCUUUGGCUACAUGCGCCUAGUGGUAAGAGAGCUGGAGAGCCAGCUGCAGGAUGCCCGCCAGAGCCUGGCUUUGCAUCGCUGUGGGUCUCAGAAGGCCAUUGCUGGUCGCAGCAAGCCUCAGGCUCCUGGCCGUUGGUCUCCGGGCCAGGAGAAUGGCCACCUUCGUCCCAGGGACUACAGCUCUGUGGACUGUGUUGAAGAAAGAGGCAGCAAGCCAGUGGUACGAGAUUUACCUGAGUGGGAAUUACAGAGCCCUGCCAGGCUCCUCCUAAGCAGGGGGCAAAGCCCUGUGUCCCCUGAGACCUCCUGUUUCUCUACCCUGCAUGACUGGUAUGGCCAAGAGAUUAUGGAGCUGAGACGAGGGUGGCAGCAGAGGGCCAGGGGGAGCCCGCCCGACUGCAAACCACAGGAGAGGCCCUGACCCUGGGCCUCUGAGCUGUGGUCUUGUCCUGCUGGUCAGGACACCAGGGCCAGUGCUUCCUCAGGAGUUACAUGUUUACUCGUUUCCCAGGUUGCUUUGGGUGUGUAUGGAGGGCUCUUCCUCCGCUGCUUAAGCUUUCUCUAAAUUCAGGAUCCUCCCUGUGCCUGGAGUGACUGAGAAAGGGUUAUUCCCAUCCUCCUUACUUCCUGAGGCCAGACUGGACAGGUAGUUUGCGCGGUAUUUAUUCACAGCAAACCCUGGCUGCACUCUGCACUGCCCCUUCUCAGCGGACUAAACAAGUGAUGGAAGUAGGGCUGGUGCUGCUCUUGCCCAGCUCCCAAGACUUUAUAGCCAUUCUUUGCAACAUUCCAACUAGAUACGCUGAGGACAGUCACAACCACUGAAUGCUGGUGCCACAGGUUGUGAACCUGAACACCAGAGCCUGGUGCAGGACUGGCUUGAGGCUGACAUUGCUGUGGUUUGUGUAGCACCCUUUCGAGCAAAGGGCCUUCGGCCAGUGAGGAGGGAUUUCUUCUCUCCCUGGUCAGAUAGUGAUGGACGUUGUCCUGGGAGGGGCUGGUGGCCUUUUAAGUCAGCAGAAUCCUUUCCCGUGCUCUGUCUUCAGCAGACAGCUCCUGGAAGUGCCCAGAGGGAAGUUGGAGAGGUGGGAAGCCAGUUUGGUUGUUUAGUUCUAUGGGCAUUCUAGAAACUUAGACAUAGGGUUCCUGGUACUCUGUGACAAUCCCUUCUCUUCUGGCUGGGUUUCCAAUGUUGUAUUUCUACUCUGGAAACCGACUUAAGACACUUGGGAACUUUGACACAGUCCUGUUUGCUCCUUGAGGCUUACCUGCCAAGAACUUGCAUUUCUGCUCCCCCAGUGUCAUUCAUGCCAGAUUUAUUUCCGCCCCCCCCCCCCCCACUGUUCUAGGAGACUGAAUGGGUUGAAUCCACAGAGCCAGAAGUCAGAACAUUUGUCCCUAUCAGAGGCCUUGGGCAGCUUGACCAAGAUCCCAUUAAGCCUAAGGGUGAGAUGCAUGCUGCCCUGGGCGCUCCUGAGCCGCUCUCAGCCGCACCCUGGAGCCGCACAGCACAGGCACUUUACUGUAGACUCAGCCCUACAGGGUUUUGUUAACUUUCUUGCUGUUAUAGUGGUUUUUGUUUUGUUUUGAUUAUAGUUUUUGUUUCUAUAGCCUGGAACUCAGGCCUCCCAAGUGCUAGGAUUAUAGAUUGUAUGUGACCCGCCACAUCCAGCUUUUUCUUUUUCUUUCUUC